AUGCCUCCGACUCCGACACCUCCCCCGCCAUAUCCUCACUCGCAGGCGAAUUUCCAGCACCCUCAAACACCACCCUCCUAUCAACCUUCUCAGUCCUACCCACAGCUCGCAGGCUCGGCUGCUUAUCCAAGGGUCCCUGGGUACAACAAUGGGCCCACUGCCAACAUGACGCACUUGGCACCUUACCCUACACAAUCUACGCCAACAUACCCUCCCAAUGUGCCUCCACCACAGCAUGGUGCGCCGUCAAACAAUCCGAUGAUGAUGGGGGCACCAUGGGGUGGUCCACCAGCACCACACGGGCGAGGAGGCUGGUCGUCUCAUGCUCACGGCAACCAUGCAUCCAAACCACGACACCAUAAUAGCAACAAGCGUGAUCAUACAUCUGCCUUCAACAAGCCGCAAUCAACAGUACCGCGAACACCAGCACCACCAGCUGUCCCCAGCUUCGGCAACCCUCUCCCCUCGAAACCCCCACCGGCAGCAGAUGUCACGAGAAAACCGGCGAAGAAACGCAAGAGAAAACACAACCAACUGGGACUGACGCCGAAGACUGAUGACCACGAGUCAAGCGAGGAGGAAGAGGAUGUGGACGAGGAGAUCAAGCUUGCGCAAACAAGCUCUGAUGCCGCUGCACCACUUCAGUUCUCCUACCGAGGACAAACGGCAACGUUGCAGUCGCAGUCCGACAUUGCAGCCUGGAUUGCGGAGCGCAAGAAGAAGUUCCCCACACAAGCUCGCAUCGACGAGAAGAAAAAGGCUGCCGAGGAAGCCAAGACUGCCCGUGACGCGGCCCGACUUGAGAAACAAAAAGAGCGCGGGAAGGAAAAGGAAAAGCACAAGUCCAAGCAGCAGGCUUCUCCACCAAGACCUGCCGGGGAUGCUUCUGCAAAGUCAGACCCGGCACUUGAUGCCGCGCUGAAGGCGCAACGCAAGGCCGAGAAGAUCAGGCGCAAUCUCGCCAAAGCUGAGGCAGAGGCUGAAGCUGCAAGGCUGAAGGUGGAGGCGCUGCAGAGGCAAGCUCAAGGUUUGAAGGAUAAAGAGUCCGCUCAAGAGCGGAACGAAGUGCCUACUACUGAGCUGCCAGCUGUACCAUCUGCGGGCGCUGGAACAGGGGGCGCCGAAACUACAGAUUUGGAAUUCCCCAAAGCACCUGAAUCAUCAUCAGGUGAGACUUCAACAUCUGUUCCAGUUCCCGUCUCAGCUUCAGAUCCCACGGCAGCAAUCAACGUCGCAACCAAUGUCGUCGAUCCCAAUUCGGAUUUAGACCCCGAUGGCUCAGACAUGAGCGACUGGACUUCAUCGAGUGGUUCAGGCUCCGACUCAGACUUAGACUCGGGUUCCAAUGCGGAUUCGGAUUCCGAUCGUGAUGAUGGCAAUGACUCUGCGCCAGAGGAAGUAAGCUCACGGCGACAGGGUCCCGAGCGCGUGCCGGCGCCACUCCGCGAAGGCAAAAAAGCCCCAUGUCGACACUUUGCGCGCACUGGGCGAUGCAACCGGGGCGACCGGUGCAAGUUCUCGCAUGAAGUCAGCGAGAAGGGACCCAAAACGAAACCAGCAGAGAAGGAGAAGAAGGGACGAAAGGGAUUACUUCAAGCUCUGCUGGACCGGCAAAAAGAUGACGAAGACCGUCGGGCAAUGGAAGUCAUUUCCUGGCUCGGGCAGAAUGGCCAUUUAGCCGAGCCGGCAACAAGUCUGGAGGCCAGUGCAAGUGCCACUACUGUUGUCAAUGCCAAUGCCGAUGCCAAUAUCGAUGAUAAUGUUAAUGCCGGCGUGAAUGUUGGAGUGGACGUUGAAGCGAGUGUGCUUGCGAACACUGCCCCGCAAUCGGAUAUCCCUGCCUAG